GAUGAAUUCUUUGACCUUAUAAUUACAAAUACCAACAAUUACGCUAUUGAGAUACUUGCAACCACGGUUUCAGAUAAAAGCAGAAUAACAAGUUGGAAAGAUGUUACCAAGGAAGAAUUAAAAAUAUUUCUCGGCCUUCUUUUCCACAUGGGUACUAUAAAAAUGAAUCGUAUUAACGAUUAUUGGAAAACCCAUUACCUUUUCAAUUUACCUGCUUUUUCUAACAACAUGAGCCGAAAUCGUUUUCUGCUCAUUUUACGAGCAUUACAUUUUAAUGAUAAUUCGGCCCCUGAACAAAACAGAUUAUCUAAAAUAUCUCCACUAAUGAAUUUUUUCAACUCUAAAAUGUCUGAGCUCUACUAUCCUGGUAGGGAACUAGCUAUUGAUGAAUCCAUGGUUCUGUGGAGGGGAAGGCUGAGGUUUCGGCAAUACGUUCAAGGGAAACGACAUAAAUUUGGGACUAAAUUAUACGUCCUUGCAGAAUCUAAUGGAUUAGUUCAAAAAAUUCUCGUUUACGGAGGAUCUGCAGAUCCAAACCUAGGUGGUAACAAACAUACAGAAAAAGUUGUCCAUAGUCUAUUAGAAGACAAAAAAGGUGUAGGACAUUCGGUUUAUAUGGAUAGUUUUUAUAAUAGUGUCGCAUUAUCGGAAAAAUUACUUCAAGAGAAAACAUACACCACAGGCACACUUAGAACAAAUAAAGUUGGAAAUCCAGAAGAAGUUAUUUCUAAAAAGUUAAAAAAAGGAGAAUGUAUUUCUCAAUAUACAAACGAUGGACUCUGCGUCAGUAAAUGGAAGGACAAGCGUGAUGUUCUCACUAUUUCUACGGAAUUUGAUAGUGAAAUGGUCAAUGUGAUUUCCAAAAGAGGAAUAGACAAAAGAAAACCAAAACUGGUCUGA